AUGAUAGGAGCGAAGGCCGAUAAUACAUGCGUUUUUGAUGGCACUAAGCUGAUUCCCAAUGAUGAGGUGGGCUGGAUCACUCACCACACAAGAGGUCAACGCCGGGCCAAAUCCAUUGGCGGUGGGAUUGAAGCCCCAUCUUUCAAGGGACCGGUGCUACCGGUGAGUAGACUACUGCAGUGGCUUGUCAGUGUGUUUAGUCAUCCGAUGGGAAUGCAGGCUAGUUGGAUCGGCCAAUGA